AUGUCUUCUGAGCGUAAUAAGGCCUUGAAGUUCUGCACUGUGUGUGCCUCAAAUAAUAAUAGAUCGAUGGAAUCUCACAGAGUGUUGAAAGAAGCGGGAUACGAUGUGUCGUCCUAUGGUACCGGAUCCGCAGUGAGAUUACCAGGACUCUCAGAAGACAAGCCCAAUGUUUACCCCUUCGGGACCCCCUAUAAUGAUAUAUAUAAUGAUUUGCGUUCGCAAUCAGUCGAGCGUUACAAAUCAAACGGUCUACUUGAUAUGCUUGAUCGUAAUAGAAAAUUGAAAAAGGCACCUGAAAAGUGGCAUGAUGGAACAAAAGUCUUUGAUUUUGUAUUUACUUGUGAAGAAAGGUGUUUUGAUUCGGUCUGCGAGGAUCUCAUGAGCCGUGGGGGUCAAUUAAAUAAAAUUGUGCACGUCAUUAACAUUAACAUUAGGGACGAUAGCGAAAAUGCAAAGGUCGGAGGAAGAGCAAUCCUAAAGUUGGCCGACAUGCUUUCGAGCAAAGUAACUGAGUGUGAAAAAACCGGUGAACCUUUCGAGGAUUGCAUUAUGGAUAUCCUAACGCAAUGCCAAGAAAGGUAUCCUCAACUUCCGUUGUUGUAUUCUCCAGCAUACUAUUGA